CGGGGGCGGGGGCGGGGGUGGCGGCGAGUUCUCCCGGGUUGGGAGGGACUCAGUAAGCCAGGGCCUAGAGAGGGGAGGGGCUCGGCCUAGGGCGGCGGAGUGACAUGUCUCUCGAAGACCCGUUUUUUGUAGUCCGAGGAGAGGUGCAGAAGGCUGUGAACACUGCCCGCGGGCUGUACCAGAGGUGGUGCGAGCUACUGCAGGAGGGCACCGCAGUCGGACGCGAGGAGCUGGACUGGACCACCAAUGAGCUGCGGAAUGGCCUGCGCAGCAUCGAGUGGGACCUGGAGGAUCUGGAGGAGACCAUCGGCAUCGUGGAAGCCAACCCAGGCAAGUUCAAGCUCCCAGCCGGAGACCUGCAGGAGAGGAAGGUCUUCGUGGAUCGGAUGCGGGAGGCAGUCCAGGAAAUGAGAGACCAUAUGGUCAGCCCAGCAGCCAUAGCCUUCAUGGAGAGGAACAAUAGAGAGAUGCUGACAGGCAGGCCAGCCUCCCAGAAGUCAUCUAGCGACUUGCUGGAUGCCAGUGUGGUCUCAGCUACCUCUCGCUACAUUGAAGAGCAGCAGGCCACGCAGCAGUUGAUCAUGGGUCAACAGGAUCAACAGCUGGAAAUGGUGUCUGGGAGCAUCCGGGUUCUGAAACACAUGUCUGGCCGGGUUGGAGAGGAGCUGGAUGAGCAGGGCAUCAUGCUGGAUGCCUUUGUUCAUGAGAUGGACCACACCCAGUCCCGGAUGGAUGGGGUCCUCAGGAAGAUGGCCAAAGUAUCCCACAUGACAAAUGAACCUACUGCUCUUUGGGCACUCCGAACUGCACUGAGACCGGCCUUCUCAACUUCGGUGUUUCUUCUACUGCAUGAGUGCGCUGGCUUGGAUGGGGUAAGGGGUACAGGUCUGUGUUCAUGACACAUAUGUGGGGCUGAGGGCUUCAAACCACAAAGGCAAUGAGCAAGUGGACCUGCCACAUGGCCAGCUCAAUGGAGCCGCUACCCUUCUAGUUAAGGGGAGGCUCCCGUGGGAUGCUGGGAUUAAGGCCAGGAGGGUGUUUUAAGUGAAAGCUGUCAGGGGCCUGGGUCAGAGGCUGUUUUCUCAAUUGAAAGGGGCGCCCCAUCCCUGCUCACUCUCACACUCCAAGGGGUGAUGCUUGGAGUGGCCCCUGCAGCAUCUGUCAACAGGAAACCCUGGAAAGCGGGGUGUCACUGUGGCAGUUGGGGACCCUUCAUGUGUAGUGAGCAC